GUCUAAUAAAAAGAUGGCGAAUGCAGCUUACUUACGGGUCGACCCGCCGUUACCUCAUAAGCCAGCCAAACCUUACAUUUGUAGCGGCUUACCUCAUCUUUCUUGACUUCUCAUGGCUCGACUUAGGUAAGAUACCUAAUAAAUAAUGACUUCACUUCACCAAUAUUAUUAUUAAAGAUUUUGAUAGAAUGAAGAGUUACAUGCCCUUGUUAUACUUCUUUAUAUGACCAAUUAUAAAUUAGAUUUUAUUACCCAUCAAGUUCUUUAAUUAAGUUCUUCAAAUUAAUUAUAUCUUAUUGUUAAUCCAUCCAAAUGCGCAAACCAUAUAUGCGAAUUCCGUAUACGGAUGUCCUAGCAUCUCCCACCGUCAUCCCCCAGACCGCGAAUACUAUUUCAGGAGCUAUUGCGGCCCUGCAGGAAUUCUUUGGAGCAGCAUCGGCAAGAGGCUCUCCAUCUACGGUGGUCCUUACAGGGGCUGGUAUAUCUGUAGCUAGCGGACUCGCAGAUUACCGAGGACCCAAUGGUACAUAUCGAGUAAACAAGACAUAUCGGCCCAUCUAUUACAGCGAGUUUCUCCAGAACCACGAAGCUAGGAAACGGUAUUGGGCCAGGAGUUUUUUCGGCUGGACCACUCUACUGAAGGGAAAACCCAAUGCUGGUCACUAUGCGGUGAAACACUUAGGCGACUUGGGACUAGUUCAGAGUGUGAUUACGCAAAAUGUGGAUUCGUUUCAUCCAAAAGCUCAUCCUCAACUCUCCACAAUCGAGCUACAUGGCUAUUUAAGAUCAUGCGUAUGUACGUCAUGCCAUGAAGAACUGCCGCGAGACACAUUUCAGCAUGAGCUAGCUAGGUUAAACCCUGCCUGGGCAGCGUUCCUACAAGAAGUCCUAGCUUCUGGUGCUUUGGAUACAGAGAAUCCGGAUGAAAGACGAGCUAGGGGGUUGAGGACCAAUCCUGACGGUGAUGUUGAUCUCCCAGAUGCGCCAUACACGACAUUCCGCUACCCAGCUUGUCCGAGAUGCCUUACAUCUCCGCCUGCCAUUGCGGAUGGGGGUUGUGCGAAGGUUGAGGUUGAUACGGACGGUGCAUGGAUGCCAACUAGCACGGCUGGAAUUUUGAAACCAGCAGUCACCAUGUUCGGAGAGAAUAUCCGCGUGCCCGUCAGGGCUGCAGCAGAGCAAGCCAUUGAAAAUGCUGGAAGCUUGUUGGUCUUAGGCACAUCCCUGGCGACUUAUUCUGCGUGGCGAUUGGCUAAGAGGGCUAAGGAUCGAGGCAUUCCCAUUGCGAUCAUUAACCUUGGAGGCGUCAGAGGGGAAGAAACAUUCUUUGCUAACCUCAAUCCGUCUCAAAAGGGAAAUCAAGGAGCAAGAAUAGAGUUGUCCACUGACGAGCUGUUACCUGCUCUUGUAGAGCAAUUAAGACAGUCCUCCAGUAUAAAUGUUGCUGCAGAGGGCCAUGAUCAUAGCCCUAAACAACAUAACGCCUCGGUAUUCAAAGACAUGAUGUCGUAAUAGCACAAUAGUCGUGUUGUAUAUAUGCAACCUACAAUAUAACUUAUAGGUUAGAAGAAACUCGAGUAGCUCCCAGUCUUCGUCUUAGGAUGCUCCUUAAAUUCCGCAGCGGUUGGACCACUGGACUCGGCCUUUACGGAAUCUACCACGGGUUGGUUUGGCUUUUCGGGUUUCUUCGUAUUCUUGAGGAUAUCUUCGCGUUCGAUCUCUCUGAGUACUUCCUCCCACUCUUUCUCUUUCUCCGCAUCGCCAGUGCCUAAGGCUUUCUGGACAUCGAUUUCUUCGCCUCGUUGUAGUUUCUCUACGACCUCACGUAGCAACUCAAUGCGAACCUCGGACCGCCUCAUGAACGUGUCGAAGUCCUUCUUUAAGGCGAUCAUCUGGAUAGCCAUGGAUCCAAUGAAGAGGAAGAUGACAAUGUAGAAUGUUGCUGGAUUCCAUUCUUUUGACUUAGGUUUCUUAGACACACCCCAGUUCACAGAUUGUUUUGAGCGUCGGAAUGGUUUCGGUAUCAUAUUCUUCCAAAAUGAUGGCUGCGUAAUCGACGGGACCGUGCUGGCAUGUCGGACGAGGCGGGGUUGAUUGAGGAAUAUUAUCUUCGUGGCUGCUGGUGGGAAGGAUGCCGUGGCCUUCAUAGCUUUCCGCCAUAUUAAUUUAUCCAUGUUGGAGAGACGUAUCGUGAUGCGCGAAGAAAAAAGAAAGAAAAAAGGUUCUGAUAUGUGUUGAAGUAAAAUCAUUGAAGUACA